AUGAUUGAAAACACUGAGAUUGAAUAUACAUCACUUUUUAACAAACCCAAGAAAAGGACAAAUACAAUCGUAAUUGACAACGGUACAUUUGAAUGUAAGGCAGGAUUUAAAGAUGAUCUAUCUAUUAUAACUCGUAAUGUUGUAUACAAGUUAAAAACUAAGUCUAGUUUUGUGCCAUUUUCUGGAUCUAAGAGAUACUCAAUGUUUACAUAUGAUAUAAUCACCAAUAUGGAGGUAUUUGGUACAACACUGGACACUAUUUUAGAACAUCUUAAACCUACUAAAUUAGAUCAAUUAUACAUGACUAUUACACCAUACAUGCCAGUACUAGAUCAGUUAAUUGAAUUUAUUUUUACAAACUACAAGUUCAAUACCAUUACAUUUGAAUAUGAUUUUUUAAAUGUUUAUUAUAAAUAUUGUAAAGACAAUGAUGAUCUUAUUAUUGAUUUGAGUCAUAAAGGGGUAUUCGUGUGUUAUAUUAAAGAUAAAAAGAUAGAAUAUUUGCAAAAGUUAAAUUUUGGAGGAUGUGAUUUACUUGAAAUUAUUAAAAAUUACAUGGAAAUGAGGGUUGUAAAUAAAAAGAAGGAGUAUAGUGGCUUGGUGAAGUACAUGAGAGUGUCAGAAGAUUAUCUAGAAGAAUCUACUGGUAUUUACAACGAGUUAUGUAAUAAUAAUUUUAUACAUAAUAUUGAAUUAUUUGAUAUAAAAUCAAUAUCUCCAAAUAAGGAAAAUGUUAAGAAAAUUAAACUUACAGAGAAUAAGGAAACAGAGAUACCUGAAAUUGAUUAUGAUUUGCUUAAUUCGCCCGAUGAUACCUUGGAUGUUGAUGAUCUUAAGUUUAAAAAGAAACAAAGAAUGUUAUUCUAUUCUGUAUUGUCUAGACUUAAAAUAAAACUUAGGAAAAAAUUAGAUGAUCUACAUAAAAUACUUGAAGGAAUGAAAGAUAAAAUAGAAAUGAAUAAAGAUCCAGAAGCUUACACUGAAAAGAAAAAAAAUAAUUUUAAAUCGUUAGUUAGAUCUUUGAAGGAAAGAAAUUUACUGCGUAAAUUUGCAAAAGAUAAAAACACAAGAGAAUAUUCUAUAAAGAAUAAAUCAAUAGGAUUGACGAGUGAUGAACAGAGAAUUAAAGAAAGAAUAAUGGAUGCUGAAGAUAAAGAAGAGGAAGACAGAUUAUUAAAAAGAAUUGAUAAUGAAGCAAAGGAAAUUAAGUUACUUGAUCCCGAUUUCAUACCAUUUUUUGCUAGUACAGUUGAUGUAUUAAGAGGUACAACAAUUGGUAAAGAAUGUUUAAAUAUUGAGUUAAUUAAAUGGCCAGAGAUAUUCUUUCAUCCAUCGAUAAUGAGGAUUGGUGAAAUGGGUUUGUCAGAAAUCAUAGGAAACGUCUGUUCUGAUUAUGAAAUAGAAAAUAUUUUAUUGACAGGAGGAUUGUCUAAUAUGCCUGGAAUUGAACAGAGAGUUUAUAAUGAGGCAAUUUGUAGAUCUAAAACAGGAAAGUUAAAAAUAAUCAAGUCGGAAAAUACCCAAAGUGAUGCUUUUUAUUUUUCAGGUAAAUCAAAACUAAAUUUUAAAAUCAAUAGGUCUGAAUGGGAGGAAGGUAAGAUAAAUAACAUUGAUUUCUAA